AUGGCACCCAUGGCAAUUACCCCAGAGGCACAGGAUGAGCCUGUAGCUCUUUCCAAUGUUGUCAAGUUGAUCAAGAACGAUGAUGCAGAAACAAUCGAUCUUGCACUGCGACAAUUUCGUUGCUUGAUUGCUGAUCUUUGUGAGCAAUUCAAGGGUGGCCACCCUGGAGGUGCCAUGGGAAUGGCUGCUAUCGGCCUUGCCCUCUGGAAGUACGUGAUGCAGUACUCUCCCAACGAUCCAGACUACUUCAACCGCGAUCGCUUCGUCCUCUCCAAUGGCCACACAUGCCUCUUCCAGUAUACGUUCCUCCAUCUCACAGGCUACAAGGCCAUGACCUUUGACCACCUCAAAUCCUACCAUUCCUCCAACUAUGACUCAUUGGCACCGGGCCAUCCCGAGAUUGAGCAUGAAGGCAUCGAGGUGACGACCGGUCCUCUGGGUCAGGGCAUUGCCAAUGCCGUCGGUCUCGCCAUGGCUACCAAGAACCUUGCGGCUACUUACAACAAGCCCAACUUCGACCUCGUCAACAACAUGACUUACUGCAUGAUUGGCGACGCUUGUCUGCAAGAAGGUGUCGCUCUCGAGGCUAUUCAGCUGGCUGGUCAUUGGAAGCUCAACAACCUUGUCGUUAUGUACGAUAACAACCAAGUCACCUGCGAUGGCAGUGUCGAUCUCUGCAACACCGAGGACGUCAAUGCCAAGAUGCGUGCUUGUGGUUGGCAUGUGAUUGAGGUCGAGGAUGGCUGUUUCGACGUCGAGGGUAUCGUCAAGGCUCUUCUCGAGGCCAAGGCAAGCACGGACAAACCAACCUUCAUCAACAUCCACACUGUCAUCGGUGUCGGUUCCAAGGUUGCUGGUGAUGCCAAGGCCCACGGCGCUGCUUUCACUCCCGAUGGUGUCAAGGCUGUCAAGGAGCGUUUCGGUAUGGAUCCAGAGAAGCACUAUGUGGUGUCUGCCGAGGUUUACGGCUUCUUCCGCGACCGCAAGACUCGUGGUGACCGCCUCGUUGAAGAUUGGAAGAACUUGGUCGACGCCUACAGCAAAGACUACCCUGAGCUAUAUCAAGAGUUCAUCAAGCGCGUCGAGGGUCGUUUUACUGAAGACUGGCGGAGCAUAAUUCCCGCUAAGGAGGACCUUCCUACUACUCCUACACCGUCACGAAAGUCUGCUGGUAUCAUCUGCAAUCCCCUGGCUGCUAAGAUCAGGAACUUUAUGGUUGGCACAGCUGAUCUGUCCCCCUCUGUCAACAUGAUCUGGAAAGACAAGGUUGACUUCCAACACCCUGACCUCAGAACCACCUGCGGUAUCAACGGUGACUACUCUGGUCGAUACAUCCACUGGGGUAUCCGCGAACAUGCAAUGGCUUCUAUCUCGAACGGCCUCGCUGCUUAUGGCAAGGGCACCAUACUCCCAGUAACAUCCAGCUUCUUCAUGUUCUACAUCUACGCUGCCCCUGGUGUCCGUAUGGGCGCUCUCCAAAAUCUUCAGACCAUCCACAUUGCCACCCACGACUCAAUCGGUACGGGUGAAGAUGGCCCUACGCACCAACCCAUUUCUCUCCCUGCUCUGUACCGUUCCAUGCCCAAUAUCCUUUACAUUAGACCUUGCGAUACUGAAGAGACAGCUGGCGCUUUUAUCACGGCACUCGAGGCCAAAGAUACACCCUCCAUCAUCUCGCUCUCCCGCCAGAACCUCGAGCAAUAUCCCCAGUACUCAAGCCGUGAUGGUGUUCAGAGGGGCGCUUACGUCUUCAUAGAAGAGGAGAAUGCCGACGUCACCCUCAUUGGUGUCGGUGCCGAAAUGGUCUUUGCCGUCAAGACCCGCGAGGUCUUGAAAGAGAAGUUCGGCAUCAAAGCUCGCGUCGUUUCUUUCCCUUGCCAACGGCUCUUCAAUUCUCAACCCCUUGAAUACAAACGUGGGGUCCUCCAAUACCGCUUCAACGCGCCUCGAGUAGUCAUCGAGGCAUAUGCUGUCAAUGGUUGGGAACGCUAUGCUGAUGCUGGUUACUCCAUGUCCACCUUUGGCAAGUCUUUGCCCGGCAAGGACGCCUACAAGUAUUUUGGCUUUGACGAGAACGUCAUCGCCCCUGAGGUAGCUAAGCUUGUCGAGGAGGUCAAAAAGGAGGGUAUCGAGAGUCUCCGCGGCGAGUUUAGAGAUCUCAACAGCGUGACACAUGAGCAUUAA